AGAGCGGGACCCGAGCCAGCCCCAGUCAAUCAGGCUGUCAAUCACUGUCGCGGCGCAAGCCCUUUGAUGUCGGGUGCGCGCACGGGAGCGCCGAGUCGGGCGCAUUGAUCGCGUGGCCUCCUCCCGCCAGGUUUAACCCCUUGUUCGUCUCCGCACAACCGGCUUCUCGCUCGCCCGUCGCCCGCCCGGAGUCUGCUGGCUGCGACCAACGCGACCGGGGCCGCACGACGGCGCAGAGCCCUCCUCCUCUCCGCCUCUACGAGGCUUGCUGCCGCACCACCAGCAGCCACAGCCGCUCUCUCGCCGCUCUCUCGCCCGGCUCCUGCCCAGCUUCGUGAGCAGGAGAGACCGAGAGCCACCCCAGGGGCUGUGGACCCACAAACGGCGGCAGGUAACAGCGGCCGAGUGCAGGAGCACAACUCUACAAGUGUACAUCUCCAGCCCUCCCUUACCUGCGGCCCUACCCACAUCCACACCAACCUCUUCCCCCCCCCCCUUCGGCGUCGGCUGCUUGGGGGCUUCCCUUUUCCCUUUUGAGUCCAAAAGUAACCCGGCUCGAGUCCCCCCCCGACCACCUCUGCCUGCCCCGCCUGGAGGAGCAACCAUGCCGCAGCUUGCGGCGGCGACCGCGGGCCCCGAGGAGCUGGGAGCUAGCGACGAGAUGAUCUCGUACAAGGACGAGGGCGAGCAGGAGGAGAAGGCGAACGAGAACGCCGACGUGGAGCACGACUUGGACGACCUGAAGUCCUCGCUCGUUCACGAGUCGGAGAGUCGUGGAGGCAGCGGCUCGGACGCAGAGGGUGAUGGGCGCCCGCAGACGUUUGACGGUCGGCGCUUGGAAGAUGAUGGUCGCCACCGGGGUGAAGGCCACCUGAUCAGCUCCAUGUACACCGGGUUCCCACUCCUCAUGCUGCCUGACCUGGGCACCCCGUGUCUCUCCCAAGGCGCACUUUCUCCUCCGCCCAACAAAGUGCCGGUGGUGCAGUCGCCCCACCACGUGCACCCGCUCACGCCGCUGCUCGCCUACAGCAACGAGCACUUCGCUCCGGGCACUCCCUCGCCGCACCUCGCAGACCUCGACCCCAAGACAGGGAUCCCUCGCCCUCCGCAUGGCCCCGACCUCGCUUCGUAUUACUCCCUCCCGGGGCAAAUACCGCACCCGCUGUGCUGGCAGGGGCAACCCCUCUACCCACUCAGCACUGCCGGCUUCCGGCCACCGUACCCCACAGCCCUCACCGUCUCCACCCCCGUGUCCCGGUUUCCGUCGCACCUGGUCCCGUCCCACCAUGGGCUGCACCCAACCGGGAUCCCACACCCAGCCAUAGUCGCCCCUAGCCUCAAGCCGGAGUCGUCGCACAGCAACAGCAUGUACGUAGUCCCGUGGAGGGUCCCUCAACCCAGCCAACAUCCACAAAACUGCAGGAAGGCGGCGGAGGAAAAGCGCGACGCGGACAAGAAACCGCACAUCAAGAAGCCGCUGAACGCGUUCAUGCUCUACAUGAAGGAGAUGCGCGCCAAGGUGGUGGCCGAGUGCACACUCAAGGAGAGCGCCGCCAUCAACCAGAUCCUGGGCCGGCGGUGGCACGCGCUGUCCCGGGAGGAGCAGGCCAAGUACUACGAGCUGGCUCGUAAGGAGAGGCAGCUGCACAUGCAGCUGUACCCAGGCUGGUCCGCACGCGACAACUAUGGAAAGAGGAAGAAGAGAAGGCGGGAGAAGCAGCAGGUGGAAGUGUCAGGUCAGCCCUCCACAGUCGCCCUGUGCAGCGCACAGCACGUGGCACACAGCAUGGAGCUGGCUGCAGCUAAGCGGUGUCGGGCCCACUUCGGGCUAGAGCAGCAGGGGGACUGGUGCGGGCCGUGCAGUCUGUGACGUGGACUGUGCCGAUGGAGAAAGAAGAAGUGCAUUCGGAACGUACCAAGGAAAGACCACCUCAAUCCUGCAGACAGAAGCAUGCUAGGAGGGCCCCCGUCCGCCUCUCCACGACCCUUCAACUGCUGGGCCUGGCCCAGCCUGCACGAGCUGCCCCACACGUACUUGAGUGCCGGCCUUCUCACUGCCGAGCACGGCAAUUAACGUCCAUCUAACGCAACCGCCACCCCCGCCACCCUACCCGGCCACAUUGCCCCGAUGGGCCGCUGCCGCCCCCCACCCCCCCCCACAACUGAUGCCCCCAUUCUCUGUAGCCCCCCUCCCCCCCCGCCCCCACUCGCUGACCACUCAGCCACAGGCACAUUUCGACCACGAGCUCGGGAGUCGCGUGGUGCCGAUCCGACGGUGACGGUCGGUCGACGCGCACUUCACCUUGCGAGCCGCUCCGCACCCCCCUUGCACGCGCUGCUGCUGCUGCUGCUGCUCCACACGUGAUGAUCCUCCACCCUCUUGCACCGCACCGACUUCACUCGCACGCUCGCUUUGAAGAUUCCCCUGCACUAAACACCCCCCCCCUCUCCCUGUGCGUGUGUAAUGACACCACCCCCCCCCCCACCUCCAACACCCCCCCCCCCACACUUUAUCACUCGAUGUGUUUAAUACCACCGCUUGCACAUUUUUUAACUUCUCACUCAGUUUGGGCACUUAAACACAGUUCACAUAACUGCACGUGCACAUGUUUUUUCCAUGGCACGGAAACCUUGUUUGACUGCACCGUGUGCGCUUUGACACCAAUGCACAAGAGCACGUCACCACGACACCGUUUGCUCAGCACCCUCUCUUAUUCACUUGUGUGACGACACAGUACACACUGCACUCCCCCCCCCCCCCCCCGUUACAUCACACUGCACAGACAAGUUUGUCCCCACUCCCCCACUCCCCCACUCCCUCCCUCAUUGCAGUCCAGCGCUUGCAUGCCCAUCUCCCCGGUUAGUGGACUUCAGGGUAAAUAUUGCGUUGGACAAAUUUAACAUUCAGGGGGUAUAGGCACGCGUUGAUAAUAAUGGCCUCUGUGAUCCCGUUAUUUGAUUGGUUGCUUUUGUAGACGUGUGGUUAGUUUUUUUGUUAUUCCCCCUUUCGUUAUCCAUCUAAACCCUCGUCAAUGUGUGCGGAUCGCGUUCCCUUGGCACAGGCCUCCCAUCAUCCAGACGUAUGCAGCAGGGAAGACGUCAAAUUCCGUUUCUGCACACAAGCCUCGUGCAGGCUAUCUGAGCAACCCAAGAGUAUCCACCUAUUUGUUUUUUUUUUCUUCUGUUAAUUACUUUUGGUCGGCCAAUGCUUCUUCGUGGCUUGCUCCGCAUGGCCUGCUGCCCUAGUGCCCCGUCUAUUCUCUCUGCCGCAAAAAGCCAGUGCUAGGGGUUGUUCAUCUCAAUUGCUGCUGCUGGAGCAGCUCGGUGGGCAGGGCAAUAUGUUUGCUGGGGGGUUGUGGGCCCUUGCAGAAAACACAGGCAUUCACUUUAGCCAUUUUAACUUGAUGAGAGGGGGACCAGAUAUUGCGGUUGACUGUAUUUUAUGGUUUUUUGUUUUAAUUUUUACCGCUUUUCCACGUGUACUCGCUUUGUUAAACGUACAGUGUAUACCGGUGGCUUGAUUCGGCAGCAAUGUCAAGUUGACCGGCUGGGGCUGGGCUUGCUCUCACGCGAGGUAUAUAAACAGUGGCUGGGAACGCGUGGAAUUUCCCACCUGGUAGCCUAGCCUGGCUCAUCUGCUCUGCCUGAUGCGUGCUUUCAAGGCUUUUUGAAAAUGUAUGCCUCCCACCAAGUGCCCUCUCGGCCCUCAUCCGCAUCUCGCUUCCAACCCAAGCGUGCUGUUUAUGCUGCGUUAAAGAGAGAACUGACUUCGGCAUCCACCGCGUUAGCUCGCAAUGUCCAGCUCUGGUGCUGGCUAAAGUGAAGGCCACAAGCCCCUCCAAACCCAUCCUUCUCUCCCAAGGGCUGCAGCCAGUGCAGGGCUGCCCCUCACACUCCACCACGGUCAGUGUUCACAAAGCCACCCCCCGCCUUCUGUAGGUAUGGCAGGGCAAGCUGCACGAUUGACAGAGGCGCCACUUUGUGCCACAAUAGCUACCGGGGCGCUCUGACCAAUCGGAUUCCUCCAAAUUGACGUUGCGCGCGAUUUGAACUUGAGCCACCUGUGCGCCGCAUGCUUCAGAUUCUUAGGGAAUGAACGCGUGGUUUUGUUUUUUUAUCGCUGCUGGGUUCUGUUCUCUCUUUUGGCCCGAGACUGCGAAGGAGGCGUUUACCACAGUUCAGUGAUGGCGAUUGUGUUUUAAAUGCUUUUUUUUAUUUUUAGCGUUUUGUGUUUUGCAACAUGCAGCAUAUGGAAUGAUUGGACCAGCUUUAAAUUCCCUCUGUUGGCUGUCACUCAUGAACCAAGGCUGUUGAGGUUUAGGCCAUGUUUGUACGUUGCUGUAUAUAUAUACUGUGUUGCUAGAGAGAAAUACCUUUCCAACAGUUGGCUGUUGUGCUGAAAGGCAGUAAAAUUUUAAAAAUAAUAUAGUUACGUUGAUGGUUGAACAAUUUAAGAAGCAUGCUUUUAUUACAGUGUAUUAAAGGCAAAUAAUAAGUGACGAUAAUGAUAAAGAUAUUAAUAUUUUAAUUAAGGGAUGUUCUUGAAAAUGCAAACAAAUGUAUCUUAAUGUUGGAAUUUAAACUUCAAGAAAAUAACUUAAACGCUGCAAUCUACAGCUACAUUGUCUGUUUAAAUUAGAGUUUUCUCAAUGUUUUAAUUGCAAUAGAUGCGUAUACAGAUUGAGGGGGUGGUAGAGUGAUAGUUUGCAGUUAGUAGCCACUUGGCAUCUAGACAGCCCAGUUCACUUAACCAAGAAAACUCAUUUACUCAGGUUGGAAGCAGAUGGCAAAAAGACCUCAUUAGAGUUCCUGAAAAACGAUCGUUUCUCCAAAAUCCCCAAAGAUGCAGGAUUCUCCACGGUGUGUGCGAGGGUGCUAAACAUUUCUAACUGGAUUCUUAGGACUGUGCGAUGGAAACUUGGUAUAUAUAUGAUUUUUUUUUAUUGCCCCACGGUACAAAAAAAGUAUUGCAGCAGAAAUCCAAUCAACCGCGUUGGUAUUUGGGGACCAUGUCCGUGGAUCUUGUAAAGCCUCGUUGCUCCGCGGAGGUUACACCAAAUAUUCUGCAAACUCAUUUUUUUGGCGUCUAUCGCGGUGUGCCACGGCUAACGGGAGGAGAGUUGCGAACCGCCAAUAAAUCCGAAAAUUGCAGGGAUUUGCGGAUUAUUGGAUCGCAGGUGAUUGCAGAUCUGCUGCUUGUGUUUUCUGAAGAACCUGCCUUUCUAUAAUAACUUAUGGGUCUAUUUUAUUGGAAACCCCUGACUGGCCAAUGCUUAAUUUUGUUGACAGGCAAACGGCGAUCAUUUGGGUUCCACAUAUGUACGUUUUUAUUUAGCUAUGAAAGGACAGGGUUAACUGUGAUAUCGUUGCUUAAAAAGGCAGGCAAAAUGUACUCCUCUUAACUUGAUGCACAUUGUCGCCAAAUAGAAUGUGAUUUUUAAAUGCCAAAAUAGGUACUCUUCGUGCGAAAGCGGGAAGCAGUUGGGCGCUAAGUAGGCUGUGGGGUUCGGGAACGAUUUCAGCCAUUGCACUGUUAAUGGCCAAGAGCUCCAGGAUUGUGAUGCGUUCCUCACCUCCAAGCCGAACGUGAGCCCCAACACGUGUUGCCCAGCUGCCUUCCCCGAGAAAACUAUUUGAGGGAAACAACAUAAAAUAUAAAAUAAGCAUUCCGUGCUUUGUAGGGGUGUGUGGGGGGGGGGGCGUCCUGUGUCCACUUGCCAGGCCUCCCCGCGGUUCCCCAUUCGCAAGCUCGGGCCCUUCGUGUGCCAAAUGCGCCAAUGACAUUCCCAAGGUACGGAGUGCAAAAGAUGCCCUCAGCAGUGUUGCAAGCAUCAUUAAAACUAGAGUGGAUGUACCGCAUCGUUUCCCCGGUGUGAUUUAAACAAGAAAAUAGACUCGAGAUAACGGUCUUAAGAAUCCAGGCAAUGUACCUUUACUGCCCUGGUUUCUGUAUAGAAUUGCUCUUGCGGUGUGUGAUGUUGCAGACUUGGGCACAACAAUUUCCUGCUCUCUUUACUGAAUAUUACUAACCUCAAAUAGAAGCAUUACGGAACAUAACGUGUUCAGUCUGAAAAUACAGUGUUGUGGUUUUAAAUGAUAUUUAUUCUCUUUGUAUUUGCAUAUUUACCGUAGUGUGCACUGUUCCUCGCGCCGAGUGACAGCUUUUUGUAAAUCUGCAGUUCAAUUUGUGCCAAGUGCGACAAUAAAACGUGCCGGAUGUUGUACAGUAUUGUGCAAAACUUGCCAAAUUUAAAACAAAAAGGACAAAAAAAAGCUGUUGGCACAUUUUAAAUAUAUUUCUACAGUUCAUCCAACAAGCCAUUUUUUAAGUCAUGUUUUAUUUUAAUUAACAGUUUUUUUUAAUUAAGUUGUUCGAUACUUAAGUUGUGGUCCGUCGAGCACUUGCACAAUUUGCGAUGAUAAUUUGGCUCCACAGGUCCGUGCGUGUGUGUACCGUGUUUUUAUAAACGCAAAAAAUUGUCGGCCAAUAGUUACUUGUAAUGCUUUAAGGAAACAUUGUAAUAUGUUAAGAAGGCUGGUGUAUAUUAAAAAAAAGUGUUAUCAAAAUAUUAAAGCAUUCCACGUGUUUUAAGGUCUUUGCGAUGGAUUCGCGUGCAAAAGAAAAAUCAAAACGUACAAUAUUUUACAUUUUGUUGUUGGUGUUGCGUCGUCAUCCAUCGUACCAUUGUAUUUUUUUUUUUAGACGUAACAGUUUACCCUAUGAAUUGCACUUGUUUUCUAUCGUACGUGUACGUUGUAAAGUAACUGUAGCAUGCUUCAUUUUUUUUAAAUAAAAUAUUGCAAAUGUUUCUGGUAA